AUGUCGACGAGUGCGUUAAUCAGUUAUUCUUUGCUUGAAUUGAUUGGAAUCACCGAUGCUUUAAUUUCUCCAAUUCGUCUUGGAAUCGUUAAACCUUCAGCCAGCAUUGUCUCAAAUGAGGAUGUUUUGGAAGUUUUACAGCAACACUUGACCAACAAGCAAGAUUUGUUCAUUAAUUCGUAUCUCAAUGCAAAGUGGUGAUCGCAAUGA